UUAGUGAAUAAUGGACCGACUGACGAAGGGAGGGAGGGACCGAGCGAGAGACAUGAGAGAGGAGAAGAGAGGGGGAUGGGAGGAAACAGUCAGGGCGAGAAAAGACAGACAGGAGAGAAAGAACAAUCACCAUGGAUUAACCUGUGAGCGGCGGGCGACAUCACUGUGACUCAUAGCCGAGCUGGAAAGUCAUCCGGCUGCUCGCCAUCCGCACAUACGUCACACGUCGCGACCUUGUGUGUCGUGGCACGCCUCCAUCUUGGCCAUGACGGAUCUGAGCAACCCAACAAAUGAACGAUCGAGGGAUUGAAGGAGGAGUUGCACCCCCGCCGGCCGAGACCCUGGAGAAUGGCAUAACGCCGCACACGUUCCAGCAGAGGAUGGAUUCCCCCUCAGAGUUUUUGUUGCCCUGCUCCCCUGAGCCUCUGCCCCAAGCCAAAAGCCCGGAAGCAUCCCCUCAUGGUCUGGAGGCAGCACCGUGCACCCCUCUCUCCGCGUCGCCCCCGGCUGAGGAGGACCAUGAGGACCAGGGUGAUGAGCAACAGAACGGCGACGCUCUUCCGUCCCCCACCCCGGCCGUGGCUCUUUUCCCGGGAGCGAGACGUAGUCCGACUUUGGACUCUUCGCCGCCGGCCACGCCCUCGGCCCCCCCUCUUGGCUUUGGAGCCCUGGAGUUCGCGCUCUCUUCUGGACCCAGCGGAAGCUGCAAUGAUGAGCUGGAUUUGCAGCUCUUCCAGAGGGACGCGUUCACCAGGACAGCAACAGGACCGUCGCUGCGGUUCUCCUGUCACGUCUGCGGGAAGAGAUUCCGAUUCCAAAGCAUUUUGUCCCUUCACGCCAGAGCCCACAGUCUGGACCGGCACCGCCAGGCCUCAUCGCAUUAUCGGGGCGCUCUCGCCUCAGCGCCUCUCAAACAGAACCUCAUCGUCCAACAGAACAAAAAAGAGCGGAUUCAGAAGCACGGAAGAUUCUCGCUGAGCGGGAAUCUUACACACGCGCUCCCAGAGGAGGACGAAGAGGAUGAGCUCAAAAGUACAGAAUCCGUCCAGAACAGCGCGAGGUUGAGCCCUCCUCUAAACCAAGACCUCGCUCCUUGGACGGCGUCCGCUCCUGCCCCGCCGACAUUCCGUUGCCAUGCCUGCAAAGGAAAAUUUCGCACGGCUUCCGAAUUGGCCCGCCACGUGCGCAUUCUGCACAACCCGUACAAAUGCACGGUUUGUCCUUUCUCUGCCAACCAGGAAGGCUCCCUGGCGUCCCAUCUGCAGGAGUGCCACCCCUCACCUGAGGGGCCCGCUUUGCCUCCAGCCUUUUCUAAUUCCAACCUGGUCAGCGCAACCUCAGAAGCUCCCCAGAAUUCGUCACCUGCCAAAGUAGCAGGAUCGUCCUCGUUGCCGGCAUUCCGUUGUGAUACUUGCGGACAGCGUUUCACUCAAUCGUGGUUCCUUAAGGGACACAUGCGAAAGCACAAGGACUCCUUGGACCACAAGUGCCAGGUGUGCGGGCGGGGCUUCAAAGAGCCCUGGUUCCUCAAAAACCACAUGAAAGUGCACCUCAACAAGCUCGGUCUCAAGGCCAGUUUGGGAAGCAGCGACGCCGACCCACAGGCCAAAAACUCUUUGGGUCACCUGUCCCUAAACGCCCUCUACUCCAGCCUUCUUCUGGCUCACCAGGGUUCUGGCAGAGCAGAGCAAGGGAGAGCGGAAAAGGAGACUGCGAGCAGGAUGCGGACAACUUCCGGCAAGUCGGCAAUCCUGGGCUACCUGGGCCUCCCCGGUGACAGCGGCGGGGCCAGUUGCACGGAGAGACUUCAAGCCGUGGCCCAGGUGGCUGAGAGGGGAAACAGCAGUGGCGGCGUGAGCUCGGAAGGAGGGGAGAUGGGAAGAGAGAGGACGGAGCCCAGACGCACCACCGAAGGAGGCGAGCAAACCCCUUGGUGGGAGCUGGUGGCUCGAAGCCUCGCUGUGGCGCAGCAGCACCAGCAACAGCAGCAGCAGAAGCGAGAGAAAGACAGGGCUCACCAUACCCGUCUAACAAGGACAUUAGGAGGAGAGAGCGAUCGGCUCAGGGCCUACGCUGACGCUUCCGAUCCCAAAAGAGCUUCCGGAGGAGCCUUCGGCGCAGCGGAGGGUUCGUGGGAAUGCCCCGACUGCGGAAAGCUCUUCCACAGCCUUCAGCAGGCGCUCGUUCACGCUCGUGUUCACGCUCACAAGACCCAGGAAGAAGGCGCUGCAGGUGACACGGACGCAACUUGCAGCUCCAGCCAAGCCAGAGGAAGCCAAGGUGACCUGAGGCAGGAAUCCAAAGUGCAACCUGCAGCCGUGGCUAGCUUUCCCUCUGUCAUGCCCGGCUUCAAAGGAGAAAACGGGACCAUGGCGGCGCUGUCCGUAGUGGCUUCGCUUCCCAGUAGCAGGGAGCGCGUCCGCAGUCGAGGGAUCAAGGAUUGUCCCUACUGUGGUAAAGCCUUCCGCUCAUCCCAUCACCUCAAAGUGCACCUAAGAGUCCACACAGGUGAGAGACCUUACAAGUGCCCCCACUGCGACUACGCCGGCACCCAGUCCGGCUCGCUCAAAUACCACCUUCAGCGACACCACAGGGAGCAACGCAACUCUUCAGGUUCCGCCACUUCCUCCGUGGGAAAAAUUGUUGCCGCCAUCAACGGUCUAAGUUCCGUCAAGCGACGUCGAGCGCAAACUGAUCCUAAAGCUCAGUCGGACGGUCCGUCCUCGGGGCCCGCCCAGCAAUCUUGGCUCCUUGGACUACCACAGCAGCAGGAGCAUCGUCCCAGUCAAGGAGCCCUCGACCCCGAGACCCAGUACCACUACCUAUCGGGGGCAAUGGGGGCCUUUUACCCUGGUGGAAUGGAAGGAGCGUGGAUCAGGGAGUCUCCUCCUCCAAAAGUCCUCAAGGUUUCCCGCCGUAAGCCCCUUACCACCAACCGGGUGGUGGUGGACUCCGACAAACCAGCGUCGGCCGCCCAGAAUCAGUCGGGCACCUUUGAACCUCUCGAUCUGUCCCGCCGUCCCACGCCGGGCCUCGAAGGGCUGGAAGAAGAAGAAGGAGGAGCGGCUGGAGGAGAAGGCACCAAACUGAAGCAGUGUUUGGACUGUCCAUUUCGAACAUCCUCUGCUGAGCUCAUGACCAUGCACCUCCAGGUCAACCACACCAGUAAGUCCCGACGCAAAAUUAGCUCUUUGUCCGCCUUUGACGAUGAGUACGCGGGCCCGAAGGGCGCCGGAUCCUGCCACAGACCCGACUCCCUCGGGAUUUGGGGAUACACCGACGAGUCCCAAGCGAGAGCCCAAGAAGGCUCCUCAAUCCAGAACUGGACCCCCAAUGGGCUCCCUCUGGACCAUCGCGGUGGAAAAACUGAGUCCAACUGGCCUUUGUGUGUCGGGCCGGCUCUCCAAAGCGAGUCGGGCGGUGAUGAUGAUGAAGAGCAGGAGGACGAAGAGGAGGGCAGCAGCUGCCCGGAGGACCAACACGAAGGGAAUGUCCUCGCCGAUUAACACAACAGUGGACGUUAAAACAACCGCACAUUUUCCGGAUUUUUUCUUUUCUUUCCCAAAACACAUUUGUGAGGUCAAGAAAAGCAUUCCAGUGAGAGUGGUCACAUCCAGACUUCGGGGGUGGAAUAUUCUGGUCAUCGACGUUUUCAGACUGGAGGUGGGUAUGUCCGCCCUUCCGGUAUUUUUUGUGAAUGAAGAAAAGCUGAAAAUAAGAAUGUGCAAAGGCAAUGAUGAAAAGACUAACAAAAGCAAAGAUGUCCCAGUAGAAAGUGUAGCUUUUACCACAAGAGAGAAAAAAUAGCUUUUUAAUGGUGUUUGUUUGGUGGGAAAAAUGAACUUGGUGUUUGUGAACUGAAUGUCCUUACGCAGCACUGUGCAACUUGUUCUUCUUUUAGUCGAUCAAACGUUUUUUCUUUUUCUUAUUCGCGACGGAUCAGCUCCCGGUCCGAGCUGUGUGUUACCGCCGGAAUGUACGGCCGAUCUCCGACUGGACGCUCCUAACGAGCGUCAUUUCCACCGUGCCUUCUGUUUCAAGCACUUCCUGGUCUGUUUUUGUACAACCGGCUUCGUUCUGUCUGUCCUUUGCGCCAAAGCGGAGACUCGAGUCGAUGUGACUUGGACCGGACAGGAGUGGACUGACUUCUAACUUGACAUGACCUUAAUUAAAAGACGACUCACUUGAGAGUUAAAUGACUCGGGACGUGAUGAUGAGUUCAUUCGUCAAUAAUGUCAUCAUUCGACCGUACUUAACUUCUCGACUUUAUGACGACCAGCUACUGCGGGUAGUGUAAAACGGCAUUAGGAAGCACUGAGACCAGACCCUAUCGCAAGCACGUAGGGUCAAGUCCAAUGGCUGGAUUGAAUCUGGUCCAAAUCUGUCCAACGAGACACUAAAACUAGACGGCGACCAAUCAUUUUCUUUCCCUGCCCAUCCGUCCAUUUGUGGUCCAGAGGCCUUUCUUGGACUUCCAUGUGUGUGUUUGACAUGUUUGAAACAUGCUCUUGUGUUUGAAAAGAAAAGUCUUGUUGAAUGUUGUUCAGAUAGCUAGUUUAGAGGUGUCACUGGUACUGUGUAUUUAAAAAAAAAAAAAAAAAAUUAAAGAGUGAGAGCACAAACCCGAGUAACCGCUCCUCCUGACUCAAAAGAGCCCGGCAAUCCGAUCAUCGGUUUGGUGUAGAGAAGAGCUUGCUUUGAAUGUAUAGUGAUGUGCCCGGCACUAAAUUGGCGAAAAAAAAUAAAAUAAAAUCAAGCCUCCCGCAAUCCAACCUGCAAUUGCUCAUCUGGAAUAUUUGCACCUUAUCUACCACCUGUCAAUCAACCGGUGUCACAAGGCAGCGCAGGGUUUGAGCUCUCGAGUAGUUGACUGCCAUUGCAGCGAGGGCCGAGUCAGCUAACAUAUUCUAGUCGUGACUAAUAUCAUCAACAUCAACAAAAAAUAAAUAAACAAAUAGAUGAC